AUGCAGGUUAUUUCGCAAGAACAAAAUAAUAAUGCUAAAGGGGAAGACAAUUGUUCAAACGGGCAAUCAAACGGUAGUAUCAUAUAUCAGAAACCAAGGAGGAACAGAAUCUCUGGCCUUACUGGACCUCGCGUCACGUAUAUGGAAGUUGAUUCACAAGAUGAAGAUCAAUAUAACAAUACAGUUUAUCCCCGGAGUAUGCAACGACAUUGCGGACAGCCUUUCCCGCAACGAAUCAGCUCCGGAUUGGCACCUUUCCUAUACAAUAAAAAGACAAAUUUUUCAAUUGUGGGGAACUCAUCAGAUAGAUUUGUUCGCCACGAUGAAGUCGAAAGUAGUUCCAGUCUAUGUGUCAAGAGAUCUCAGAGACCGCAAAGCCCUUUUUAUCAAUGCAUUCAGCAGGAAUUGGACGUUCCCUCUAGCCUGGCUGUUUCCCCCUCCGUCUCUGAUUCCUCGAGUGUUAAGCCAUCUCAACUUAGCCAAGGGAACCAACAUUCUGAUAGCACCGAAGUGGGAGCGCGUUUUUUGGAGGAUCUGAAAUCCCGAAUUAUAGCCGGACCUCUAAAAAUACAGAAUCUCAGUCUUCACCUAGUCGACAUGAAUACAGGCAACCCAUUACCUCGGGCGGAAGAACUUCGAUUGGAAGCCUGGAAGAUCCAGGGUGGGCCUGUGCUGUGAAGGACUGGAAAAAAAGAUAUAAGUUUAUUGGAGAAUUCUUGGCGCAGAUCAACGAUUAAAACGUAUUCAGCACCAUGGCGACAAUGGCUCUCUUGGGCUAGAGAAGGAAACAUUCCACCUGGUAACCCAGAACCGAGUCAGGUGGCUCAGUACCUUGCUUAUCUAUAUCG